GUGCUCUUCCUCUGAUAUGCUAAGACCGGAAGGGGUGUGUGCGUGGGUGUGCGUGUUUGUUUGAGGCUAUUAGAAUAUACGAGUCCCUUGUCUGAUUGGCUGGGCCAGCCAGAUGGUUAUUAGAGUGCAUCUGCCUCCUUCCCUGCUUUCUAUGCUUCUUUCCAUCCAUCUCCCUCUCCCUCUCUCUUGAGUUUUUUUCUCUCUCUUUGUCUCCACCUUUUUGUCCCUGUCUGUGGGGUAGCCUUGCUGAGAGACUGGUGUUGAUGCGUGCUAGCAGUGUGCGGUACGAAGAGCGUCAGGCAAAGGGGAGGGCAGAGCGAGGAGGAAGUCAGUCAGUUUGGUGUUUCUAACCGUUAUGGAGAGGAGAGGGGAAGAGCAUGGAUGUUGCUUGGGUAAUGAUGACGAAGCCGUGGUUGACCUGGGGAAGACAAGUUCUACCAUCCACACCAACUUUGAGAAGGAGGAGCUGGAGAGCCACCGGGCGGUGUAUGUGGGCGUCCACGUGCCUAUGGGCCGAGAGAGCAAGCGACGCCACCGUCACCGCGGACACAAACAUCACCGCAAGAGGAGGGACCGCAGCUCCGAGAGGGACGAAGGACGCGACUCGCCCACCUGCAACACGCCGUCUCAGCGGGUGCAGUUCAUCCUGGGGACGGAGGACGACGACGAGGAGCACAUCCCCCACGACCUGUUCACCGAGCUGGACGAGCUCUCCUUCAGGGAGGGACACGUCUACGAGUGGAAGGAGACGGCCAGGUGGCUGAAGUUCGAGGAGGACGUGGAGGACGGGGGCGAGCGCUGGAGCAAGCCCUACGUGGCCACGCUGUCCCUCCACAGCCUGUUCGAGCUGCGCAGCUGCAUCCUCAACGGCACCGUGCUGCUGGACAUGAGGGCCAGCUCCAUAGAAGAGAUUGCCGACAUGGUGAUCGACAGCAUGGUGGCGUCGGAGCAGCUGGAGGAGGAGCAGCGGGAGAAGGUGCGCGAGGCCAUGCUGAAGAGGCACCACCACCAGAACGAGAAGAAGCUCAGCAACCGCAUCCCGCUGGUGCGCUCCUUCGCUGACAUAGGCAAGAAACAGUCGGACCCCUACCUGCUGGAGCGCAACGGUCUCCUGGCGUCCCCCCAGUCGGCCCCUGGCAACCUGGAAAGCAGCAAGCCCAGCGAGGCUCGCAUCAACGGGAGCAGCAGCAGGGAGAACAGCACGGUGGACUUCAGCAAGGUGGACAUGAACUUCAUGAAGAAGAUCCCCGCGGGGGCCGAGGCGUCCAACGUCCUGGUGGGGGAGGUGGACUUCCUGGAGAGGCCCAUCAUCGCCUUCAUCAGACUGGCCCCCGCCGUGCUCCUCACAGGCCUGACCGAGGUCCCUGUGCCCACCAGGUUCCUGUUCCUGUUGCUGGGGCCGAAUGGUAAGGGCCCCCAGUACCAUGAGAUAGGGCGCUCCAUCGCCACCCUGAUGACAGAUGAGAUAUUCCACGAUGUGGCGUACAAGGCUAAAGACAGGAACGACCUACUGUCAGGGAUCGACGAGUUCCUGGACCAGGUGACAGUCCUGCCCCCAGGGGAGUGGGACCCCACCAUCCGCAUCGAGCCCCCCAAGAGUGUCCCCUCACAGGAGAAGAGGAAAAUCCCCUCUCUCCCUAACGGUUCGGCCCACUCGUCUGACCUGGUCCAGAAAGAGGAGCACCAAGCAGGACCAGAGCUCCAGAGAACAGGGAGGGUCUUCGGGGGCCUGGUGAUGGACGUGAGGAGGAAGUGGCCGUUCUACUGGAGUGACAUCCGAGAGGCCCUGAGCCUGCAGUGCCUGGCCUCGGUGCUCUUCCUCUACUGCGCCUGCAUGUCUCCCGUCAUCACCUUCGGAGGCCUGCUGGGCGAGGCCACCAAGGGCAACAUAAGUGCCAUCGAGUCCCUGUUCGGAGCGUCCAUGACGGGUGUCGCCUUCUCCCUGUUCGCGGGCCAACCCCUCACCAUCCUGGGGAGCACUGGGCCUGUCCUCGUCUUCGAGAAGAUCCUCUUUAAGUUCUGCAGCGACUACGGGCUCUCCUACCUCUCCCUGCGCACCAGCAUCGGCCUGUGGACGGCCUUCCUGUGCCUGGUCCUGGUCGCCACGGACGCCAGCUCGCUGGUGUGCUACAUCACGCGCUUCACCGAGGAGGCGUUCGCCGCCCUCAUCUGCCUAAUCUUCAUCUACGAGGCGCUGGAGAAGCUGUUCACCCUGGGCGAGCUCUACCCUGUCAACAUGCACAACCACCUGGACAACCUCACCUUCUACACGUGUCAGUGUUCCCCUCCAGACAACAGCACAGCGGAGGUGGAGAGGGUUUGGAACAGCAGCGGGUUCCCCUCCCAGUCCUCUAUAUCCUGGGAAGACCUCGACGUCAAGGAGUGCCUGAGGCUCCAUGGGCAGUUUGUGGGGGAGGCUUGUGGGAACGAUGGCCCGUUCAUCCCCGACGUGCUCUUCUGGUCCGUCAUCCUCUUCUUCACCACCUUCUUCCUGUCCUCCUUCCUCAAGCAGUUCAAGACCAUGCGCUACUUCCCUACCAAGGUGCGCUCCUCCAUCAGUGACUUUGCUGUGUUCCUGACCAUCCUUAUCAUGGUUCUGGUCGACUACAUGGUGGGAAUUCCCUCACCCAAACUCCACGUCCCAGACCGCUUUGAGCCCACCUCCAAGAGCCGCGGCUGGUUGAUCAGCCCGCUGGGGGGCAACCCCUGGUGGACGAUGCUGGCUGCCGCGGUGCCCGCGCUGCUCUGCACAAUCCUCAUCUUCAUGGACCAGCAGAUCACUGCCGUCAUCAUCAACAGGAAGGAGCACAAACUCAAGAAAGGCUGUGGCUACCACUUGGACCUGCUGGUGGUGUCCGUGAUGCUGGGCGUGUGCUCCCUCAUGGGCCUGCCCUGGUUCGUGGCGGCCACCGUCCUCUCCAUCUCCCACGUCAACAGCCUGAAGCUGGAGUCGGUGUGCGCCGCCCCCGGGGAGCAGCCCAAGUUCCUGGGGAUCCGGGAACAGAGGGUCACGGGGUUCAUGAUCUUCCUGCUCAUGGGCUGCUCCGUGUUCAUGACCUCGGUGCUCAAGUUCAUCCCCAUGCCUGUACUCUACGGGGUGUUUCUCUACAUGGGCGCGUCUUCUCUCAAAGGCAUCCAGUUCUUUGACCGUAUCAAGCUGUUUGGGAUGCCAGCCAAGCACCAGCCGGACCUUAUCUACCUGCGCUACGUGCCCCUGUGGAAGGUCCAUGUGUUCACCCUGGUCCAGCUCACCUGCCUGGUGCUGCUCUGGGUCAUCAAGGCCUCUGCCGCCGCCGUCGUCUUCCCCAUGAUGGUCCUGGCCUUGGUGUUCAUUCGGAAGCUGCUCGACUUCUGCUUCACCAACAGGGAGCUGAGCUGGCUGGACGACCUGAUGCCAGAGAGCAAGAAGAAGAAGGAGGAUGACAAGAAGAAGAAGGCCAAGGAGGAGGCCCAGCGCUUGCUUGAGGAGAACGAGAAAUUAAAACACUCAUACAGAGACAACGUCCUCAAGAUCCCAGUGAAAGGGCUCAAAGUCAGUUUGGAUCCAUCUGUGGUAAACAUUUCUGAUGAAAUGGCCAAAACUGCUAUGUGGAAAGCUGUUGCCAUGAACUCUGACAGUGCCAAAGCUCUGAAACCCAGUGCAAGCCAGGAGAAGAUGUCCUGUGUAAAGAUCAACCUGGAAGGAGCGCAUGGGGACAAGGUUGUGGAUGUGGAAACAUCUUUAUGAGCUGCCUUAAACCCUCUUGUACACCAGGGGGCGUUGAUAUGCUGCUCCUACCCCUCCUCCACACCAGGGCUGGCUGUCAGGCUACCGGUGCCCCUCCCCUACACCAGGGGGGGCUGUCAGGCUGCCUGUCUCUCUCCCCUACACCAGGGGGGGCUGUUUCCUCAGCAGCUGCUGCCAUGCCAAAGCCAAGUAGGCAAGUUGGAGGACACCACGCACUUAGCCAGCUGAAUUGUUUUCUCAAAGUUAGUCUGCAAAAGAUUGAUUAUUCUGUUUUAUAUCAUCGUUUUAUGGUGAAAAACCUUUUCUUUUCAGGUGUAUCUUAUUAGUAAUAGUAUUAUUAUCUCAGUAAAUUAUUUGUUGGUUUUGAAAUGUUUCUUUCCCUUCUUUCUCCUGGAUCCUGGUUAAAAAUGAAUCUCCAGUUGUACUGAUGACAUGCCCAGAGACUACUAUACAUAUAGUAGGUGUAUCUAUGUGUACUGGACAACAUCAAAUGAAUGCCCUAUGUGUUUUUAUAGUGCAAAAGGUACAUAAACUAAAUCCAAGCUGUGCUGUUUCAACACCUGAAUGAAUUUUUGGUUGUUUUAUCCUCAUUCUUUAAAAAUGCUAUAAAGCUUUGCUAUAAAUGGUCGGAGCACAUUUCUAACAUGUUGAUUUCGGUGCUGUUGAGUAUGUAUGAGGGUGGGAGAGGGUUACCGUUGGGGUGUCAUCUCCUCACACAGAUGUAGUUUGCUGUUCAGUAGGACUGGAGCCUAUCUCACUCACAGCUUUUAUGAUAUGAAUAUUAUAUAUAUGAAUAUUAUAUAUGAUAUGAAUUAUGUUGAAACACAUCAAGCACCUCAGAUAUAGACUCAAUGUGACUGUGUAUCAGAGUUCACAAACACCAACCUACUAUUUCCCAGUUUUUAUAUUGUAAAAUCCUUGUUACUCGACUUGUUAGCAGGUGGGAUUUCUUGCUGUGAUGGCAAGCUUGCCUAGAAGACAUCUGUCAUCGACAAGACUAUAAUCCUUACUGAUUCAGGGUUAGCAUGGUCUCAUGUUAUCUUAUAUUAAAGUUAUUUAUCACAUCUGAAUCCAAACAGGGUUGGCGUGAAGCUACUGUUAACAGUUCUUUAAAUUGUUUCAAAUGCUUGCAACAUUAGUUAGCUUCCCUUUUUCAUCAACAUCAUUUUAUGACUUUUUCUAAUUAAAUACAUUGUAACUUGCAUAGGAAAUAUGUAAAGUAUAAUGCCCGACGAGGUGUCCAAUAUCACCUGAUAAUGGAUGACGCGAAGGCGUGAACUGUCCGACGCUUCCGCGGAGUCCAUUAUCAGGUGAUAUUGGACACCUUGCAGGGCAUUAUCCCGCUUAUACCAUGGCCGCUUGCCAACGAUUUUACAAUCAAUAAUUUAUGUUUUCAGGCGUUUUGCAAAAGAAAUCUAACGUUUUUUAACGGUAGCCAACUCUGAUAUUUUAUAGUCCGCUCAUCUCAUAGAACCACCGGCUUUCCCU